UUCCAAUACAUUUGUCGUCGUCAUGCUUCUCUCUCUCUCUCCCGCAACGACGUGCUCUCCUCUCAUUCUCUCUCUCCUGACUUGUCUCACUCUCAUUUUCUCUUCCCCAUUUUCCACCAUUCCCAAAUUUCUCCACUUUCCCAGCUCCUCUGUUUCUCUCCAGCUUCUCCAUGGAUUCGCUAAUCAUCGAGGAAGAAGACGAUGCGGCGUUGGCGUCUCUCGUCCCUGUUCCUCCUCGGCGUAAGACGCAUUCCUACAGCCAGCAAUUCGACCAGAAGCCUCACCAUCAGAUCCGCAAGCACAGCCUCGACGAGGUCCCUAGAUCCGCCACGUUGGGAACCGAAGCCGUUUACUUCGAUUCCUCCGACGACGAGUUCUCCACCGGAGGUGUCAUCGUCAACGGCGAAACCGUCUGCGAUGGAAACGGCGUUGGCGACGAUUACGCCGUCGUUACGCCUCCCCCUAAUGGCGGUCUCGGGGAGGACGAUAUCGAGCCUCUCCCGGAGUUCAUCGGCGCGGGAGGCGGCGCCGGAAUAUUCAAGGUUCCGGUACGCGCGGCGGUUCAUCCCGGACGUCCGCCGUGUCUGGAGCUGCGGCCGCAUCCGCUAAGGGAGACGCAGACGGGGAAGUUCUUGAGGAACAUUGCUUGUACGGACACGCAGCUUUGGGCGGGUCAGGAGAACGGCGUGAGGUUCUGGAAUUUGGAAAAGGCGUACGAGACAGGGUGCGGGAUCGGCGGCCAGGUACGGCGAGGGGAUGAGGAUACGUCGCCGUUUCAUGAGUCGGUUACUACUUCGCCCACCAUGUGUUUGGUUGCUGACCAAAGCAACAAGCUUUUGUGGAGUGGCCACAAGGAUGGAAAAAUCCGGGCUUGGAAGAUGGAUCAGCCUUGUGAUGCUGAUGAUUCUGAUCCUUUCAAAGAGCGAAUCUCGUGGCAAGCUCAUCGUGGUCCAGUGAACUCCAUUGUCAUUAGCUCUUAUGGUGAUAUGUGGUCAUGUUCUGAAGGAGGUGUGAUCAAAAUAUGGCCUUGGGAUUCGUUAGAGAAAUCUCUCCUGCUUAAACCGGAGGAGAGACACAUGGCUGCGUUAUUAGUCGAGAGGUCUGCCAUUGACCUCAGGAGCCAAGUUACUGUCAAUGGGACAUGCAACAUAUCUUCCUCAGAAGUCAAGUAUCUGUUAGCCGAUUCAGUAAGAGCUAAAGUGUGGGCUGUGCAGUCACUCUCAUUCUCAAUCUGGGAUGCUCGGAGUAAAGACCUUUUGAAAGUUUUAAAUGUUGACGGGCAAGUUGAGUGUCGUGCGGACAUCCCACCUAUACAAGACCAACAAGUUGACGAUGAGAUGAAAGUGAAGUUUUUCUCAGCUUCAAAAAAGGAAAAAUCACAGGGGUUUCUGCAGCGGUCACGUAAUGCCAUAAUGGGAGCUGCUGGAGCUGUUCGCCGAGUCGCCACUAGAAGUGCUGGUGCGUUUUCCGAAGAUACACGGAAGACAGAAGCUAUCGUCUUAGCCGUAGAUGGAACAAUUUGGACUGGAAGCAUGAGUGGCCUAAUUGUCCAAUGGGAUGGAAAUGGAAGCCGCUUGCUAGAUGUGAAUCACCAUCACAGGCCUGUUUUGUGCUUUUGCACUUUCGGCGAUCGAAUAUAUGUGGGCUAUGCAAGUGGCUACAUACAGGUCUUGGAUCCUGAUGGAAAGUUAAUUGCAAGCUGGGUUUCACACAAUGAACCUGUGAUAAAGCUAGCAGCCGGUGGUGGUUUCAUAUUUAGCUUGGCUACUCACGGUGGAGUACGUGGAUGGUAUGUGACAUCUCCGGGACCUCUAGACAACAUUAUCCGAACAGAAUUGUCUCAGAAGGAAACUUCAUAUGCCAGACAAGACAAUGUUAGAAUUUUAAUUGGCACCUGGAAUGUUGGUCAAGGACGUGCUUCACACGAUGCGCUUAUGUCGUGGCUGGGCUCUGUCACUUCAGAUGUUGGCAUUGUCGCUGUUGGGUUGCAAGAGGUGGAGAUGGGGGCAGGUUUUCUUGCCAUGUCUGCUGCUAAGGAAACGGUUGGACUUGAAGGAAGUGCUGUGGGGCAAUGGUGGAUUGAUGCAAUUGGAAAAGCACUUGAUGAGAAGAACACUUUCGAGCGUAUGGGUUCAAGGCAGUUGGCAGGACUUCUGAUAUCGCUUUGGGCGAGGAAGGAUAUUAGAACACAUGUUGGAGAUCUUGAUGUUGCAGCAGUCCCAUGUGGCUUUGGCCGUGCCAUUGGCAACAAGGGAGGUGUGGGUCUGAGAAUCAGAGUUUAUGACCGAAUUAUGUGCUUUGUGAAUUGCCACUUGGCUGCGCAUUUGGAGGCAGUUAACCGCAGAAACGCAGAUUUCAAUCACAUUUUUCGAUUAAUGGUCUUUUCCCGAGGACAAAAUCUGAAUAACGCUGCAGCUGGUAUGGUGCCGUACCUGUAUUUGUCUUGCUCACUUGGCUUUUCCACGUAUUUAUUUUGGCUGCUUUGUUCUUCUGGUUUGCCAUGGGCCCUCUCUCUUGCAGCUGGUGUCUCAACAGCCGCUUAUACACUAAAGAGUAACACUAAUCCUAGCACCGGUACUGAAGAGGUCAAGUCUGAUUUAGCAGCAGCAGACAUGAUCACAUUCUUUGGCGAUUUUAACUAUAGGCUGUUCGGUAUAUCCUACGACGAAGCAAGAGACUUCAUUUCACAGCGAUCCUUCGACUGGCUCAGAGAAAGGGACCAACUUCGACAAGAGAUGAAGGUUGGAAAAGUCUUCCAAGGAAUGCGCGAGGCAUUAAUCACUUUCCCUCCGACUUACAAAUUUGAAAGGAAUCGCUCAGGUCUAGGAGGAUAUGAUUCAGGGGAGAAGAAGCGGAUUCCUGCAUGGUGUGACAGAGUUAUAUAUAGGGACACUCAAUCAAGCCCGUUCUCAGAGAGCAAUUUGCAAUGCCCUGUAGUUUCCUCGGUUAUAAUGUACGAAGCUUGCAUGGAUGUUACUGAGAGCGAUCACAAACCCGUGCGCUGCAAAUUUCAUGCGACCAUAGCUCACGUUGAUAAAUCUGUGCGGAGACAGGAACUAGGGAAGAUAAUAAGGUCCAAUGAGAAGAUAAGAUCAAUAUUCGAGGAUCUAAAAUCUGUUCCAGAAACAACUGUGAGCACCAACAACAUUGUUCUUCAAAGUCAGGACACAGUCAUCCUAACAAUCACAAACAAUUCAACCACAAGCAAAGCCAUUUUCAACAUUCUCUGUGGCGGUCAGACUAUAGUUAGGGAUGACGGUGAAGAUUCUGACUAUACUCCACGAGGCUCCUUUGGUCUACCUCGCUGGCUUGAGGUUUCGCCAGCAGCUGGGAUAAUAAAACCGGAAGGAUCCGUGGAUGUGAAGGUUCAUCACGAAGAUUUCCACACAUUGGAAGAGUAUGUUGAUGGCAUUCCACAGAAUUGGUGGUGUGAAGACACUCGAGAUAAAGAAGCAAUUCUAAUGGUGAGCAUUCGAGGAAGCUGCUCAACUACAUCAACAAGCCACUCAAUCAAAGUCCGUCACUGCUUCUCAGCCAGAGUAUGCCUCCUUGAGUCCAAACCGACGAACCUAACAAAGAACCUAGGCGGUUCACGUCGCUAUCCAACAGAUAUUAGCCGUAAUGGAAGCACUAGACCCAGAACCGAAGACUCAGUUAGACGGGGUAAAAGCCGGUGAUGAACUCUUGUAACAUUGACAGUUUUAACUAGACCUUAGAGCAGAUGAACAACAAAGCCAUCACUAAACCAAUGCAUCAGGUUAAGGAAUCUCUUUUAUUCUUUAUUUGAUUCUUUAGAUAAUUCGUUUUGUGUCCGAAACUGUAGAUUUGUUUUGAGAUAAAUUCCUCAGGUAUUGUGUACUCAAAUUUUGACUCUCCUCACUUGAAUGUAAACAGUUUAUAGGUACCUGACUCGUGUAUGCAAUUGUUACUCUUACAUAAAAU